AUGGGCGAUGAACCUCCAGUUCCAACUCCGGUUGGACUCAUGUCUCAUACGCAGGGAGGCAGCACGAGUCUAUUCUAUACUGGCAUUUUCAUGCCAGUCUUUUCGAUACCUAUAGUAUUGCUACGCCUAUGGACUUCUCAGCAUGUUGUAAACAAAUGGCAUAAAGACGAUACCUUGGUCGUUAUCGCUACAUUUGCAUCUGUAUGCCUCAAGGUCCAAGCCCAGAGACGCAAGCUGACAUCAUAUAUAGCAGCUCGGCUCGGAAGUGGAGAUCAUAUCUUCAACGUUUCACCAAAAGAAUUCAGCCUGUUGCUCGAUUUAAGCAAGUGGGCAGGUGUUCCCCUCUAUGCUCUGAGCACACUCGUCAUCAAGGCCGCAAUCCUGCUCUUCUAUUUACGGUUCUCCGUAGAUAGAUCCUUUGAGUUCUGCACGUGUGCAGUGCUGUUCGUCGUUGUCGUGUACUGCUUGGCUCUGUGUAUCGGACAAAUGGUCAUCCCUUGUUACAAACCCACUGAUGCAGGCUGUCAACCUAUCUCUGUUCUCUUUAUUGCUUGCGCUGCGUGUAAUGUAGCAACAGAUCUCGCCAUUCUGUUUCUUCCGACUUGGAUACUGCGUCCUAUGAAGGUCCCUAUGGGGCGGAAGGUUGGGGUUGCCAUGAUCUUAAUGGCGGGGGGCUUGUCUGUCUUCCUCUUCCUCGGCAUUUCGCGAUCCGCACACUUACGUCUUACCAGUGUCUCUGCCAUCAGCAUUGUCCGCUUGAUAUCAACUAUCUUUGUCAACACUGUGGAUAUUACCUACGAAUGGGGAAAUAGCAUUAAAUGGAGGUGCUAA